AUGGCUCUAGCUGUACCCUACCCUGCCCUACUCGCCCCCAGCUGUAUCCUAGCAUGCUAUAAUGGCUCUAGUUGUACCUACCCUGCCCUGCUCGCCCCCAGCUGUGCCCUACCAGCCCUGGCUCUGUACCCUACGCUCCCUGCUCGCCCUGGCUAUAACCUACCCGGCCCUGCCGGCCCUGGCUAUACCCUACCCUGCUCGCCCCCGGCUGUACCCUACGCUGCCCUGCUUGACCUUGCUCCUCCUAAACUGGCCCCAGCUGUACCCUACUUUGCUCUACUGGCCCUGGCUGUACCAAACCCUGCCCUGCUCGCCCUGGCUGUUCCCAACCCUGCCUUGCUCGCCCCUGGCUAUACCCUACGCUGCCCUGCUGGCCCUGGCUCCCUGCUCGCCAUAGCUAUACCCUACCCUGCUCUACUGGCCCUAGCUGUACCCUACCAUGCCCUGCUGGCCCUCACUGUCUACCCUGCCCUACUCGCCCCCAGCUGUACCCUACUCUCCCUGCUGGCCCUGGCUAUACCCUACCCUGCUCGCUCCCGGCUCUGUGCCCUACCAGCCCUGGCUGUACCCCACCCUGCCCUGCUGGCCCUAGCUGUACCCUACGCUCCCUGCUCGCCCUGGCUAUAA